AUGGAUAAAGUAGAUUUACCAACGGGUACACCCUCCGAGCCGGAAAAUGCAUCACAACCAGAGGCUAUAUCAUCAUCCAUACGCUCAAUGGCUUCUCAAAGCCAAGAGCUUCUCAGUCAGCCCCCAGACGAAUUGACCCAAUUUGAGAGAAUGUUAUGGUACCAAGAACGCCGAAUUGAAUCUAGCCUAUGGGUACAAUGUGACUCCUGUAACAAAUGGAGGCAUAUUAUGCCUAAUGUAUAUGAGCGACACCAAUUGCCGGACAAAUGGUUUUGUAAAUUACACCCAGUCGACGGCAGUUGCCCUCGACUGUGGUAUAGAUCGAUUUAUAGACUUUUUGUCCAUUCUGGUUUCCUCCAACAUCCACAAAAGAAAAGCGGGAAGCUCCGCGAGCAGACACACUAA